UCAUAUUUGUUUCCAAAUACUUCUCGAAGUUCGAAUAUAUUUGCCGACCGACGGUCGUGGACCACUUCCCCACCUAGCCUCCAGCUAGUUAUCCUAUUUUUCAACCACAGAACGACGGAAGUCCUGUCAGAGAUCACGUCCAGUUGCGUGCUUCCGUCACACUACAGCUGUUUGAGAAACAUGGCGGAGGGCACAACAACCGACGAUGAAAAUAUCCCAAGAUAUGAGCCGAAUAACUUAAAUUCGCAAGUAAUACAUAUCGAGUCGUUCAGGAAAUUGUGGCUAGAGGCACUUCCUCCUGAUUUGUACUCCUAUGACACAAACCCCGAAGAGGUCGAGGAUGCUAAACUUGCUGAGCUUCUGGAAUUACCUGUGGAGACAUUGAAUGAACUGAAACACGUGUGCAGUGUCGAUUCUCUGAAAAGCCACCCAGACGACUCGACAGUUGACCAGAAUCUCGUGCCUCCAGAUCCUAAACUUGCAUGCCUGCGGCUUCGGAAAAGGAGGCAAGAUUACAGAGAAACUCUAUCCAGAGACACACUCGGAAGACAUGAACUCUACUUCAACGAAAUGGAGUCAUCACACAAGGGCAUGCUGCCAGAAGACCCUGACACUGUGAUUCCAGAAGGAGAACUCAUCUUGAGUUUUAACGUCAUCUACCCUGUUAUAUUUGAAAGGUUUAAGCAUGUGAGGGCUCAUCAGACACUGCAAGUGUUUGGAAGCCAGAAGCUGACAGAACUAAGGGAUGCCCUUUGCUGUGUUACUGACCUGCAAGUGUUUGGGGAGUUCAGCAACAUCCCUGAUGCCACCCCUCAACACAUCAGUAAGGAUCACUUCAAAUCAGCCUUCUUCUUCUUUGAGGGAGUGUUUUACAAUGACAUGAGGUAUCCAGAAUGUCAGGAUCUCAGUGAGACCAUUCGUGACUGGGCCAAGACCCACGGCUUCCCAGAGUACACAACCGAGAAGAUGGAAGACACGACGUUCAACCAACUGAGAAUGAGAAUCGGCUACCCGUACUACUACUGCCACCAAGGAGACUGCGAGCAUUUGAUGAUCCUCACGGACAUGAGGUUGAUCCAUCCAGAUGACUGCAGAGACAGGAGCCGGUACCCUCUCCUCACGCACAAGCACAGAGUCCUGACGAGAAAGUGCUGCGUGUGUCACCUGUACAUCAGCCGCUGGAUCACCACCAAGGACCGCCUUGCACCCAUGGACCCCUGCCUGUUCUGUGAUAAAUGCUUUCGCAUGUUCCAUUAUGAUACCAAGGGAAAUAAGCUGUAUGACUUUGAGGCCUAUGUGUAUGUUGACCCAGGUGUUUUCAACUGAGGCCUUGCUUUUUGUUGAGAUAUCUCAAUGUCAGAUGACAACUUGACAUUUUUUACAUUAAGUCAGAUGAUUAGGCUACUUGCAGAGCUGCUAAGAGUUAUGUAGGCCCUAUUGUUUCAAACGUUUUCUUUGUGAAUAUCCUAUUUCAUGAAUGGGUAGGCCUAUGUGUUGUUAAGAGAGAUAGGCCUACUUUACACACUUCAGUUCAGUUCACUUAGUGUUACCUCUUUCUCCAUGCUCUCUUACAACCAAAAAUCUCCACUGCACCUAUGGAGCCACAUGCCAGGGAUAUAGGGCCUGUUAUGAACCCAUGACAUAUUCCAUUAUGAUACCAAGAGAAGUAAGCUAGUUUAUACAACGUUGAGUCUAAUGUUGACCCCAGUGUUCAACCGAGGCUUAUCUUUUUUGUUGAGAUUUCUUGUCAGACAAAUGAAUAUUUGUUCUACAUUAGUAUUAUUUUGUAUUUUGAGUACAUGUGUACUCGCAGAGCUACCAAUAUUAUCAAUUAAAAUGUUUUUUUUAACACCUUA